AUGACGUUUCUUUUCCUGAAUAAUCUCUGGUAUCUCAUACUUAACUCCGGACGAAGGCUGUUACUACCAUAUCUCCUGCGCCGUGCAAAGCGCCUUUAUCCUCGAAUUACCACCAAUGGAAGUGUGCGCCGUCUUACUUCCAAGACAGUGCUGAAGACAUCUACUCAUUAUUCAAUUGCUCUGGAGGCAGAGAAUACCCGAUUUAUUUGCCAAAAUACGACUAUUCCUGUCCCUCGUGUCCACGACGUCUGGGCUGAUAAGAACGGCGAUGGGUAUCUCAUCAUGGACUACGUUCCGGGGGAAACCCUCGCGCGCGCCUGGAAGCGGAUUACGCCUGAACAGCGACGCACAGUCGUGCGUAUCUUGGGCGGCUAUGUGAGGCAACUGCGGACGAUCCGCCAGCCACCAAUGCCUCCAAGGUCGGGCCAAUCCGGCUGGAUCGGGUCUGCAAACGGAAACAAGGGCUACGACAUGCGCAUCACCCUGAGCAAGACCUGGGGCCCCUUCCCUAACGAGCGCGAAUACAAUGAUUGGCGUAUCUCCACUUUCUCGCUCUUUGGUGAUACGAGUGAGAAAGUAGGACUACGGCUCAGGCAGAUCCGCAAGGAGAUGCCGGACGACCAUCGAAUCUGCUUCACCCAUGGAGACAUCAACCAGCGAAACGUCCUUGUUCGUGUGGACGGUGAAGGGCCGGAAGAUAUUGCAGUCGUCGGAUUGCUGGACUGGGAACAGGCAGGUUGGAGGCCGGAAUAUUGGGAAAAGGUGAAGUUGUUUUAUGUGAUGGGCUCCAACCCGGAAUGGUGUGCCUUGGCGCGAGCAGAGAUCGAGCCCGGCUACGAGGAUGAGCUACGAAGAGAGGAUGAACUGUCCUUAAUAUCUGGGCCCCCUUUGUGA